AUGGCCCGGGGAAAUGACACCACCGUGACUGAAUUCAUCCUUGCAGGAUUCACCAACCAUCCAGAACUGCAGGUUGCCCUCUUCCUCAUAUUUCUGCAACUGGUACUUGUUGACUUUGGCUAUUCCUCAUCCAUCACCCCCAGGGUGCUGGUGAGCUUCUCAAGGGAGAGUAAGGCUAUUUCCUAUGCUGGAUGGCUGCAUAGCUGUAUUUUUUUUGUCUUUGCCACAGCUGAGUCUUUAUUCCUUGCGGUGAUGGCCUAUGACCGUUAUGUGGCCAUCUGUAACCCACUGUUCUAUAGGCUCCUCAUAUCCAAGAGGUCUUGCAUCUGGCUCUUGGCUAGCUCAUACAUGGAUAGGGUUGCAAAUGCAACCAUGUUUACCAGCUGCACCUUUCAGCUAUCCUUCUGUGGGCCCAAUGUAAUCGAUCAUUACUUCUGUGACAUCCUUCCACUCAUGCGGCUGUCCUGCACCAACACUCACAACAAUGAAAUGUUGCUUUCUAUCUUUGCUGGUUCCAUACAGCUGACUACCAUACUGAUCAUCCUCUUCUCUUAUCUGUAUAUUACUGCUGCCAUACUCAGGAUCCGCUCCUCAGGGGGCAGGCGCAAAGCCUUCACCACCUGCGCCUCUCACCUGACAGCCGUGGCUAUAUACUAUGGCACGACGGUCUUUAUCUACUUAUGA